UUCUUUCCCUUUUAUGCCCCACCGAGAAGUUGCCUACUUAAGCUCCCAUUCCUCUUUCACCGCUUCACACCACUGGCAUCACCACCACAUUCUUUAUCUUUAUGCGCGCUUAGAAGAAUUGAAGGUAAUUGAAUCCUAAAGGAGUUUCAUUUGGGGUGAUUGUUCUUCUGGGGUGGCAGGGAUUUUGAUAAAAAUCAAAGCUUUGGAAUUUCACUCAUCAUGGAUAAGGCAGAGAAAGCUGUGCAGAAGAGCUACUUUGAUGUAUUGGGUUUGUGCUGUUCCUCGGAGGUUCCUCUUAUUGAAAACAUCUUGAAACCUCUCGAAGGAAUCAAAGAAGUUUCAGUCAUCGUUCCAUCACGAACUGUCAUUGUUGUCCAUGACACUCUUGUCAUUUCGCAACUUCAAAUUGUGAAGGCACUGAAUCAAGCAAGGCUAGAAGCAAAUAUCAGAGUGUAUGGGGACGAAAAGCACCAAAAGAGAUGGCCAAGCCCUUACUCAAUUGCCUCUGGUGUGUUACUUUUGCUUUCUCUCCUCAAAUUUGUGUUCCAUCCCUUAAAAUAUUUGGCACUAGGAGCGGUUGCUGUGGGUGCCUACCCAAUCAUCUUAAAGGCCAUUGUCUCCAUUCGGAACCUUAGGCUGGACAUCAACAUUCUUAUGCUUAUAGCAGUUAUUGGGACAAUUGUUAUGAAUGAUUAUUUGGAAGCAGGCACCAUUGUUUUCCUCUUCUCAAUUGCAGAAUGGCUAGAGUCAAGGGCAAGUCAUAAGGCAAAUGCAGUAAUGUCAUCGUUGAUGAACAUAACCCCUCAAAAAGCAGUCAUAGCUGAAACAGGAGAGGUUGUGGAUGCUGAUGAGGUGAAAAUAGACACUGUUUUAGCAGUUAAAGCAGGCGAGGUGAUACCCAUUGAUGGAGUUGUUUUAGAUGGAACCUGUGAAGUUGAUGAGAAAACUUUGACUGGGGAAUCAUUCCCUGUGGCAAAACAAAAGGAUUCUACUGUAUGGGCUGGCACCAUCAAUUUAAAUGGUUAUAUUAGUGUGAAAACUACUGCACUAGCUGAGGAUUGUGUGGUGGCUAAAAUGGCCAAGCUUGUUGAAGAAGCUCAAAACAGCAAAACCAGCAUUCAGAGAUUGAUUGACAAGUUUGCCAAGUUUUAUACCCCAGGCGUUGUAAUCAUAUCAGCUCUUGUAGCGGUGAUUCCACUUGCGUUAAAACAACAUAAUGAGAAACAUUGGCUUCAUUUUGCACUGGUUGUUUUAGUAAGUGCAUGUCCAUGUGCACUCAUCCUUUCAACGCCAGUUGCAACUUUUUGUGCUUACUCCAAAGCAGCCACAUCAGGUCUUCUCAUCAAAGGGGGUGAUCAUCUUGAAACACUUGCAAAAAUUAAGGUCAUGGCCUUUGACAAAACGGGUACCAUAACGAAGGGUGAAUUUGUGGUCACACAUUUUCAAUCUCUUUCAGAUGACAUUGAUUUGAACACAUUGGCUUACUGGGUGUCAAGCAUAGAGAGCAAGUCAAGCCAUCCAUUGGCAGCAGCAAUUGUUGAUUAUGGAAGGUCUCUCUCCGUUGAACCAGAGCCAGAAAAGGUGACAGAAUUUGAAAAUUUCCCUGGAGAAGGAAUAUGUGGUAAAAUUGAAGGCAGAGUUAUUUACAUUGGAAAUAAAAAAAUUGCCACAAGAGCUGGUUCUGAAACAGUUCCUAUCUUACAAGGUGAAAUUGAAAGAGGAAAGACCACUGGAUACAUAUACUUGGGAGCAACCCCACUUGGAUUUUUCUCUCUUUCAGAUACCUGCAGAUUAGGGGUUCAGGAGGCAAUAGGGCAGUUGAAGUCAUUGGGAAUCAAAACCGCUAUGCUCACUGGAGAUAGUCAAUCUGCUGCAAUGCAAGCACAGGAGCAGCUGGGGCAUUCUCUGGAGUUAGUCCAUGCAGAACUUUUGCCAGAGGACAAGGUCAAAAUCAUCUCAGAAUUUAAGAAGGAAGGCCCAACAGCCAUGAUUGGAGACGGCCUAAACGACGCGCCGGCAUUAGCUGCAGCUGAUAUUGGAAUCUCAAUGGGCAUUUCAGGUUCUGCAUUAGCAAGUGAGACAGGCAAUAUAAUUCUUAUGUCAAAUGACAUUAGGAAGAUACCAGAAGCCAUUAAACUUGCAAGAAAAGCUCGUAGGAAAGUGUUAGAAAACAUUGUUUUGUCAAUCAUGACUAAGGCUGCGAUUCUUGGUUUGGCCAUUGGUGGUCAUCCACUUGUUUGGGCAGCAGUUGUGGCUGAUGUUGGAACAUGUCUAUUGGUCAUCUUUAACAGCAUGUUACUUCUGCGAAAAGGACACAACCAUGGAGGAAAAUGUUGUAGAUCUUCUACUAAACCACAUAACCACAAAAAUGGAUGUGGUGGCAGUCAUGGUAGUUCCUCUCAUCAUCACCAUCAUCAUGAGCAUGAUCAACAACAUCAACAUGAGCAUCAUAGCCACAAGCAUUGUUGCUCAGACAAGACAAAAAAGAUGUCCCAACCUCAGAAAUGUGGUGGUGCUCAUGGUAGUUCCUCUCAUCAUCAUCACCAUCAACAUCAACAUGAACAACAUAACCAUGACCAACACGAUCAACAUGAACAUCAUAAUCAUGACCAACUCGAUCAACGUGAACAUCAUGGACAUAGUCAACAUGAUCAACAUCAUCAGAAGUGUGCCUCACAAACAUGUUCCUCAACAUGUCCACCCUGCUCUUCAAAUUCAAGUUUUGGUGGAAUUGUUAGCCAUUGUAACACCAUGAAGGCUCAUGAUCAAUGUAAAGGAAGUGAUGAAUUCCAUGAACAUGAUCACUGUCAUCAUGGAAGAUGUGACAAGAAUCACGAUGGAGUCCACAAGCAUGACACCGAAGAUAAUCAUGCAGUUGCAGAAAAAAGGCAUGGUAGUUGUUUGGGACAUAAGAACCAUGGGACAAAGCACUGCCACAACCAAAAUCUUGACAAGGUUACUCAUGAUAGUGCUUCACAUAGUUCUCCUUGCCAUCUCAAUCUCCCUUGUAAAAAAGAAAGCCAACAAUUUACUCAUAAUCAUUGCCACCUGAUCCAUGGUUGUGAAAAUCUGAAAGACCAUGAAUCCAAAGAUGUUUUAAGAUCCAACCAUGACAUCCAGCAUGAAAAAUCAGGUUGUCAUUCUGAUUUUGAGAAGCAUGAGACAGGUGAAAUAUCCAUUGACAUCAUCACUGAGUAUGUUGAAUUAGCUUCAAGUUUGGAGGAGAAAGGAAAAGGUUCCUGCAGGGAAGACUGCUCAGACACAUGCGGGAAUUUGGCUGCUGUGUGUGGCUGUGAGAGUUCAAAUGAGAGAGAAGACAUCGCAUGUUGCAGAAACGAGGACUCUUCAAAAGAAUGCAAGGAAUCUCCAAUUAUGCAUGUUUGUGAUGGUUUAAAUAAGAGAGAAGUUGGUGGAUGUUGCAAGAGCUACAUGAAGGAAUGCUGUGCCAAACUUGGUCACUCAUCAAGACCUAGAUUUGUAGGAGGUUUGUCAGAAAUUAUUACAGAAUAGGUGCAGUUGACUCCAGCGUAAGCAACAGAUGUCAGCAUGCUGGCUUGUUCUUGCAAAUUUAUAUUUAUUUAGAAGAUUUUUAGUGACAUGAAUGAAAGCCCGUAAAAUAUUACUGCUCAUGUAUAUAGUUUGAGGAGCUUGACAUGACCAACAUAGAUUUUUACGUAAGUCUGGUAUGGCCCUUUAUUUUGGGGUUUUAGUUAUAGGGAAUUGGGCUCCUAAAGGAGAAGGGGAAUUCACUUUGGCAGUUGUUUGGAUAUAUGUUAAGGGCUUCUUCCUUUUUUUAUAUUUAAUAUAUGUUGCUUAUAUACUAUACUAUGAACGUAGUACUCAUUAACAUUAAUAUAAGAAGUUGACAACUAUAUGUCAAUCUCAUCUCAA